CACACUUAAAAACCAGCAACCUGUGCCAGUGUAACCACUCACACACUAUACUGCAUUUGUUGAUUUUAUUUAAACACAUUUGAUAAAUAGGCAGAAUGAGCAACAUUGCAGAGGUUCUUGCUAAAAGACAGGAUAGAGAAGACGGUGUUGGGACAAACAAGAAACCAAUACAAUUUAACCAACAGGACUACGAGAGUCUGAAACGUGAAUGUUUGGAGAAAAAUACAUUGUUUUGUGAUCCGACCUUCCCUGCGGGUUCUGAGUCUCUGGGCUACAAGGAACUGGGACCGAAUUCCUCCAAGGCACAAGGAGUGGAGUGGAAAAGACCAAAGGAGCUGUGUGCAAACCCUCAGUUUAUUGUGGAUGGUGCCAAGCGGACUGACAUCUGCCAAGGGGAAUUAGGUGACUGUUGGCUUAUGGCAGCCAUUGCCUCUCUGACUCUAAACAACAACAUUCUGGAGCGUGUUGUUCCACCUGAUCAGAGCUUUUCGGACGGUUACGCCGGCAUCUUUCACUUUCAGUUAUGGCAGUACGGUGAAUGGGUGGAUGUUGUCAUUGAUGAUCGUCUGCCUACCAGAUAUGGACAGCUGCUGUUUGUUCGUUCAGCAGAGCGUUCAGAGUUCUGGAGCGCCCUGCUGGAGAAGGCCUAUGCAAAGGUCAACGGCUCGUAUGAAGCUCUGGAUGGUGGCCUCAGCACUGAAGGUUUUGAGGACUUUACUGGAGGUAUUGCUGAGAUCUAUAAGCUGAGUGAAGCACCUCCACAUCUGUUUAAGAUCAUUCAGAAAGCACUUGGGUUGGGCUCCCUGCUUGGUUGCUCUAUUGAUGCUACCAGUGCCUAUGAAACAGAGGCAGUGACCAGCCUAAAACUGGUGAAAGGACAUGCGUACUCUAUCACUGGUGCAGAGGAGGUUCACUGCCUCGGGUGUCCGGUGCAGCUGGUGCGUCUUAGGAACCCGUGGGGUCAUAAGGAGUGGAUGGGUGCAUGGAGUGAUAACUCCAGUGAGUGGAAUAAUGUCCAACCGGAGGAGAAAGCGAAACUGAAUUAUUCAGCUGAGGAUGGAGAAUUCUGGAUGGCAUAUUCAGACUUUGUGCAGAAUUUCUCAUUGCUGGAGAUUUGUAAUCUGACUCCAGACACUUUAACCAGUGAAGAGGUGGGUCACUGGAACUACUGCCAGUUUGACGGCAACUGGAUAGUGGGAUCCACCGCAGGAGGCUGCAUUAACAAUAGAGAUACGUUCUGUUCAAACCCUCAGUUUGUGAUCAAGCUUGAGGAUGUUGAUGAUGACCCUUAUGAUGGAGAAGAUGGUUGCACUUUGCUGGUGGGACUGAUGCAGAAAGAUGGCCGCAAAGAUAGACACAUUGGGCGAUCCCUGGAUGCCAUUGGCUUUGCCAUCUAUCAGGUUCCAGAUGAGUACAAGGGUCGCAGUAAUGUUCAUCUUGGCUCAGAUGUGCUGCUGAGUAGAAACCCGGUUCCAGGCAGCAACAACUUCGCCAACCUGCGAGAGAGAAGCGAGCGCUUUAAGUUGCCUCCUGGCGAAUAUGUCAUCAUUCCCUCCACUUUUGAGCCCAAUCGCCAGGGAAGUUUCAUACUACGUGUGUUUACAGAGAAAGAGGCGGCCGCCAGCCCAAUGGAUGUUAAUAUCACUACAAAUAUUAUAAAGGAUCGCAUAUCUGACAGUGAUGUGGACCCAAGUUGUAAAGAGCUUUUUAUGCAAUUUGCUGGAAAUGACUCGGAGGUUUCUGCGAAGGAGCUACAGCAGUUGCUGAACAAAUUUGUGUCUGAAAGAACUGAUAUCAAGUCUGAUGGUUUCAGUAGAGAAACGUGUCGUCACAUUAUCAACCUGCUAGAUAAAAAUGGCAGUGGCAAACUUGUUCUGGUGGAGUUUCACACACUGUGGAUAAAGAUGCAGAAAUAUUUGGAAAUUUUUAAGAAACACGACACAGACAAGUCAGGCACUAUGAGUUCAUAUGAGAUGAGGGAUGCAGUAAAAGAUGCAGGGUUCCAAGUGAACGGUGAAGUACUUCAGGUGAUAAUCUCACGUUAUGCUAAUAAGCAACAAGCCAUUGACUUUGAUAACUUUGUGGGCUGCCUGAUCAACUUGGAGAUCCGCUUCACAACGUUUCAAUUGUUCGAUAAGAAGAAUACUGGGAAAAUUGAUCUGGAUAUCCAGCAGUGGCUUUGCUUGACCCUCAAUUAAAAAUCCACAAAUUUCCUGCAAAAACAAAAGAAUUCCAAUGCAGGAGAAGGAUGGUUUGGCUGAUGGAGUAAAAUCAGCCCGAGUGUGUGUUAUCUAAACCUUGAACUGUCUUCGAUAUGCAAUUUGUUAAUGGUGAAGAAUCUAAAGAUUUGAGUUUUCAUUAAGCAUUUUUUAUUACAACAUUUCUUACCAAACAAUUAUAUUUACUAACAUUGGUAAAAUUUUUCAACAAUGAACUAACAAUGAUUGAUACUUCUACAGCAUUUAUUAAUCUUAGUUAAUGUUAAUUUCAGCAUUUACUAAUACAUUUUUAAAAUCUGUUCUCAUCGGUUAGUGCACAAUUAAUUAACAUGAACAAUUGUAUUAUCAUUAAAGGUGUAGCGGAGGAUUUUCUCGAAUUUUAGAAAAGAACCGCCUUCUCCACUUUUUUAAAAAAUGCAAUUGCGCAACACUCCUGAUUGACAACUAGGAGGACCAAUAGUCUUGAUGAUCCACCCGGAAAAAGAAAAUCCUCCGCAAUACCUUUAACUAACAAUUACAAAGACGUGUUAGCCUAACAUUUACUAGAAUUUUUUUGUUGUAUAUUUAUUCUAUCAUUUCUUAUUUUUAUUAUUGUUAUUAAUCUUAUGCCUGGUGCUGUAUUAUCUUCUACCGAGCCCCUAAGGUGACACACACAAAAAAGCGAAAGUUUAGUUUCAUGUGCUCACGUGAAACUUUCGCUCACGCAAGUGAAACUUUCGCUCACGCACAUGAAACUAUCGCGUGUGCACGUGAAACUAUCGCAUGCGCACGUGAAAGUAUCGAUAAACUAAGUGAUAGUUUCACGUGUGACGCGAUAGUUUCACGCGUGCACGCGAAACUAAACUUUAUUUCAUUUUUGCUCCAUGUCCCAUUAGGGGCUCCGUAGUCUUCACAGGUGCGGAUAAGGGAAUGUCUUGGGAAGUUUUGAAAUUCAUACAUUCAGAUAAAGUUAGACUUAGUAUUGAAAUGCAACUACCAAGGUUAUUCAAUAAACUCAAUGCUUAUUUUAUACACUCUUA